AUGCAAGAGUGCACGAAAGACCUAGACAUUAUAAACAGCAUACUGGAAGAUUCAGGGAUACUCAGAUACAACGCGAUCAAGAACAGAUUUAAAAACGAGUACGUGGACUCCCCAACUCUUCUCUGUUUCUACAAAAGAACACAGCCCAAGGACACAGGAACUACGGCAAUCGACAUGUACAGGACAAAUCUCCAGAAACUCCGCAGGAAAAUAGAAGAAAGAAGAGUGAAAAUAACUGAAACAACAGUGAACGGCGUGCUCUCCCAGGAAGUAACAGAAUGCAGCACGAUAAAAAACGAAGAAAUAAUACAGACCGUGAGCCCAAACGGCACAGCCACUCCUCUCAUCGUCAACACAGUUCCAAUAAAAGACAUUAGCAUAGACAAUGUCAGCUCUCUAGACGACUUCCGGUAUGCUUCCAUAUCAGGAUCUGCCUUUGUGAACCAAAAUAAGAAGAAAUAUGCAGCAGACUUAAAACUGGAAGGAAACAUCCUUACAACCACCAUAACAGACAGAAAAAAGAAAACACAGAGCGUGGUCAAUGUUGAUGUCACACUUGCAAAAAUGUUUCUGGUGAUUAAAAAUAGUAGUUCGUUCCUCGGGUGCUUCAAGAAGCCCACCAGACACAUCCACAUAAACAAGGAAGUGGAAAUUGUGAACGUAACCGCAGGGAAAAUAACAGAAAUCAUUCUGAAGAACAUAAACACAGGAGUCUUCAGCAAAGAGUACCUGAAAACUCUUGAGUUCUCGAUCCAGGAUACAUACAACAGUACAAUAUCCUACGAAAUAAAUAGCUGCGAGGAAUUCAUCCGGUGGCUUCUGGUCAUAAAAACACGAAUGCACACUGUAGAUAAAUGGAACAAGGACGAACUUCUCGAGUCGAUAAGAAGAUAG